AGAGUUAACUCAGCAAGAUAAUGAUAAAUUCAAAAUUCUAUUAUUGAGAUUAACAAUAUCUUGCAGAUGGGCCUUCUAUUGGGUUAAUAAACUGGAGGCUAAAGAGCUUUUUGAAUUUUUAAACCCUCACCUUAAACUUCCAGAGCAUUGGACCCUCAGUAGAAAAGUUUUGGAUGCUGCUGUUGCUGAAGAAAAUAAAGCAAUGUAUGAUGCACUUUGUAAAGAUAAAAUAGAUGUUACUUUGACCUUUGAUAGGUGGACUAACGUAAAUAAUGAACAACUCCUAGGA